AUGCACGAUAUAUUCGGCGACAACGCGCAAAACAACGGUGGAGGGUUUGACUCAAUGCUGGAGAUCCUACCCGAGGAGCUUGGGGUAAAUCUCGUGACGUCGUUCGCAAACUCGUCUAGCACAGAUAAUUCCAGGCCACAGUCGCAGCAGCCGACGCAGCCCCACGAGCAGGAGCUGGAAUCGCUGUUUUCCACGACACAACCCAUAGAUGUGGUCAACCACCAAAACGGUGAGAUUGCACAGCUCUGGAGCUUCAAUGUCGACGAGUUCAUGAUGACCCCCAGCAACUCUAGUGAUUCGGCGACCAUCAGCGCGCCCAACAGCUACAACUCCGAAACACACCCGCCUGUUCACGGUAGCAGCAACUGGUCGCAUCUGCUGAGCAACCCGUUUCAUCAGGAUAUCGGUGCACAGCAGCUGUUUGCCGGCUCGCAAAGUACGCUGCACGCCGAUGAACCGCCAUUUCACCCGGCUCUACGGUCCAGGCGUUCCUCAUCACAACUCACAAAGACGAUUACAGAAGACGGUGGGAUUCCACUCACCUCCUCCAGUACUGCCAAUUCUAUCCGCAAAAAUUCCAUAACCAGACCUAUUUCCUCCACGUCUCUGUCGUCCUAUCGACAAAACUCUGUGCAAGAGCUUCCCAAGAAGCCACAGGUGCAAUGCUUCAAUUGCAAGACUUUCAAGACACCCUUAUGGCGGCGGGACGCACAGGGAAACACUCUUUGUAAUGCAUGCGGUCUUUUCCAGAAACUGCACGGUACGAUGCGGCCACUGUCGCUUAAGAGCGACGUGAUCCGCAAAAGAAAUACUAAGAAGAGAGGCAAGAAAGCAAUACCUGCUGAGCCCAAGGAGAAAUCAAGACCACGCAAAAAGGUCGAACAAGAUCCACUCCCAGAGAUCCCUGUCCCACUACCGUCUACUCCGACGACCGAGACCUCUGUGAACAAAAAAAUUCCCACUCAACACAUGUACAGUAACAUGCCAACUUCGCUUGCAAAUUCACGUUCCAACUCCUCUAAUAAUAUUUCCACAACAAACGCUCACUCCUACAAUCCUGGAACCAAUAGCAUGCAAAAUACCCAACUUAACUCCAAUGUUCUAAUGAAUCACAACAAACGGAUGUUCUCGAACUCCGGUAACGGACCAUCUCGCAAGUCGAGAAGGUCAAGCACUUCGAGUUCGGCCUCAAAUUCUAGUAACAGAUCUUCUUCUUCGAGGUCAGUGGUACCGAUUUUGCCAAAACCAUCCCCGGGUAAUACUAUUUCAUCACAAAACCAGUUCCAGUUUGCCAAUAAUUUAUCGGGUAGUGCGAAUAACAGUGGGGCUUCGUCUCCAAGGUUUUCCAACUCACCUCGUGCCUCUUUUAGCACAACUAGUCCUCUUUCUACUUCGAAUGGGCAGGCGUUAUCAUCAUCUGGAGGUCGGCUUGGAAUAGUAAUACCCAGGCGCAAAUCGUCUCGCCAAAUGAUGUCUUCUUCUUCCUUCAUGGCCGCUUCAUUACAACAACACCAUCAACAACAGCAACAGCAACAGCAACAACAACAACAACAACAACAACAGCAGCAGCAGCAACAACAGCAGCAACAAUCAAAUUCACAAGCUGGUAUGCCUGGCAGUUCCUCCUCUACUAUAUCUGCCCCGGGCUCGUGGAAUUCUUCCGCUAUAGCAGCACCCUCACCUAAAACAGGAAGAUCACCACGGUCACCCUUUGACCUCUUUUCUCCACAAGAACCACAAUCGCGUCCUUCAUCGCGUAAGUCACAUACUUCCCUUCUAUCACAACAACUGCAGCAGGCUACAAUACUUUCCCAUACUUCACAACCACCUUCACAAUCUCAAACUCCUGUGACCUAUCCAAAUGGGAUAAAUUCAUCGAUUUCGACGCCACAGCCAUCCACUUUGAAGCGGUCGCCCAUGACCGCCUCUCCCAGAAACAGCUAUGUAGAUUCCAUUCAACAACAGCGAGGAUUACACUUUGACACAAGGGUCGAUAACAAUGGACGCCGAACGAGCUCGCUGAGAAUCGAAACUAAUGAGAAAAAUGCCCCUCAGUCUCAAAAGCAGAAGGAGAGUAUCAUGGAUGAUCUUGAUUGGCUCAAAUUUGGACUUUAA